AUGUCUGCUUCUUCACGCAUCCCCGUCAUCGCUCAGCCCUUUGUGAGCGAUCGGGCCAAGAAGACUCUCGAUCUGGUCGAGGAGUUCGUCGAGAAAGAGUGUAUCCCCGCCGAGGCUGUCUUCAGUGCCCAGCUGGGCGAAGGCGAGAAGCGAUGGCAAACCACCCCCGCCGUCAUGGAGGAGCUCAAGGCCAAGGCCAAGAAGCUCGGUCUGUGGAACAUGUUCUUGGCUAAGAGCCACUUCAAGGAGGGUGCUGGCUACAGCAAUGUCGAGUAUGGUCUGAUGGCCGAGAUUCUCGGUAAGAGCAAGGUUGCUUCCGAGGCUACGAACAACGCUGCCCCAGAUACUGGCAAUAUGGAGGUAUUGGCCAAGUACGGUAAUGAGGCUCAGAAGAAGGAGUGGCUGGCCCCUCUGCUCGAAGGCAAGAUUCGCUCUGCUUUCCUGAUGACCGAGCCCGAUGUUGCUUCGAGUGAUGCUACCAAUAUCGAGUUGGAGAUUCGUCGCGAGGGCAAUGAAUAUGUCUUGAAUGGCUCGAAAUGGUGGUCUUCUGGCGCCGGCGACCCCCGCUGCAAGGUCUAUCUCGUCAUGGGCAAGUCCGACCCCAAGAACAAGGAUACCUAUCGUCAGCAGUCCGUCGUCCUGUGCCCAGCGGACGCCCCCGGUGUGACUAUUCACCGCAUGUUGCACGUCUACGGCUACGACGACGCCCCCCACGGUCACGGCCACAUCACCUUCAAGAACGUGCGCCUGCCUCUGUCCAGCAUGGUCCUCGGCGAGGGCCGCGGAUUCGAGAUCAUCCAGGGCCGUCUGGGUCCCGGCCGUAUUCACCACGCCAUGCGCACGAUCGGCGCCGCCGAGAAGGCCCUCGAAUGGAUGAUCGCCCGUGUCAACGAUGAGCGCAAGAAGACCUUUGGCAAGCCCUUGUCUUCUCACGGCGUCAUCCUCGAGUGGAUCGCCAAGUCCCGCAUCGAGGUCGACGCUGCGCGUUUGAUCGUCCUCAACGCCGCUAUCAAGAUCGACCAGGGGGAUGCCAAGGCUGCUCUGAAGGAGAUUGCCGAGGCCAAGGUCCUGGUCCCCCAGUCAGCCUUGGCUAUUAUUGAUCGCGCCGUCCAGGCUUAUGGUGCUGCUGGUGUCUGCCAGGACACUCCUCUUGCGUAUAUGUGGGCUGGUAUCCGGACACUGCGUAUCGCCGACGGUCCCGAUGAGGUUCACCUGCAGCAGAUGGGUCGCAGGGAGAAUGAGUCCCGCAAGAAGGACGUCAUGGCCAAGUUGAAGUGGCAGCAGCAGGAGUCUGAUCGUCUCCUGAUUGCUUCCGGUUUCAAGUCCAAGAGUCAUCUUUAG